CCUCUUUUUAAAGAUCCACUCCAAAACGAAAGCAAAAGCAAAACCCCUCUCUCUAAUGACCUCAUCACCAAAACCACAAGAAACCUCAAGCGAAACCCCCUCCGCCCCUCUCUUCCUUUAAACCAGCAGCCUGUUCUAAAGCAAUAGCAGAGGGGAAGGGCCGGAGGGCGGCAGGGGAAGAAGCUGUGCAGAAGAAGAAGAAGAGGCAACAGUGGUGUGUAGACUGUGUGCAGAGAGGCAGGGAGGGGAGGGAAGCUUUUCAGCAGCGUGGUUUUGGAAUGCAGCAGCAACACAUGAUGCAGAUGAACCAGAGCAUGAUGGGGGGCUACGCUUCCCCUAACACUGUCACCACUGAUCUCAUUCAGCAGUACCUGGAUGAGAACAAGCAGCUGAUCCUGGCCAUCCUCGACAACCAGAACAAUGGGAAGGUGGAGGAGUGCGAACGGAACCAAGCUAAGCUUCAGCACAACCUCAUGUACCUCGCCGCCAUCGCAGACAGCCAGCCGCCACAGACGGCGCCUUUAUCACAGUACCCACCGUCCAAUCUGAUGAUGCAGCCCGGGGCGCGGUACAUGCCGCCGCAGUCGGCGCAGAUGAUGAGCCCGCAGUCGCUGAUGGCGGCGAGGUCGUCGAUGAUGUACGCGCACCCGUCCUUAUCGCCGCUCCAGCAGCAGCAGGCGGCGCACGGCCAGCUGGGCAUGGCCGCCGGCGGCGGCACGACCAGUGGGUUCAACAUCCUCCACGGCGAGGCCAGCAUGGGCGGCGGCGCGGGCAAUAGCAUGAUGAACGCCGGCAUGUUCUCGGGCUUCGGCCGCGGCGGCAGCGCUAGCGGCGCCAAGGAGGGGUCGACCUCGCUGUCGGUCGGCGCCAACUCCGGCGCGCAGAGUGGCGACGGGGACUACAUGAAGGCCGGCACCGAGGAGGAAGGGAGCUAGAACACUCACUGCCACUAGCACUUGCACCUGCACCGGCACCGGCACCGGCACCGGCACCGGCACCGGCAUAUAGCAGCAGCAGCAGGUAGCUCUGAGGAGGGUGGUAGCGUAGUAGCACUAGUACGUGGUUGGUCGGUCGUAAGGUAGGUCUGAUCCAUGGAACCUGGAGGUGGUAGUGACCAGCAUGCAUGCAUGCAGGGUCACUUGUUUUGGAUGUGCAUGGCAGGUUCUCUUCUAUGACGAUGUAGUAUGGAACGUUGCUGAUGGUGGCUUUGCAUGGUGGCCAUGGUUUGCAAACA